CCAGGAACUGCUGCAUAAGCCACAUCCUUACCAACUACAGGUAGCCAGGGUGCGUGUUGUGGAUCACUGACCAGCUGUGCUUUCUCCUAAACUGCUGAUUUCUGACCGCAGAACUGCAGCGUGGCUCGUCCUCUGCUGGUAGGGCUGUAAGUGUUAAUGCAACUUAAUCCCUCCGAGCAGCCUUAAAGCUGAAGACUGCCUGUAAGGAAGCGCCGAGCUACGCUGUAACAUGGGACCCUACCUUGUACCUGCACGGCGUGGGGCUGGGGAGGAGGGGGAUGGCAUGGCUUGGUGAGUUGGUCUGAAUUCAGCCAACUUUGCUGUGUUUUUUCGCCUUUCACUGCUCUGCUGAAGUAGAAAUGGAGAACUGCCACAGAAGCUGGAGCUGUGGGAGAGAGGGAGAUGCUGCCACGCAGUCAUGUAUCCAUGUAAGUUAGCUAGUCCCCUAAUUCAGUCACCCUCUGUCCUGUGAGUGGGCUUGAUUUGAGCGGGAUUGUCUGUCUUAUCGAGACCAAAAAAUGAAGCUCAGAAAGUAUUUCAGGGGCAGCGGGCGGGUUUUUGCGUUUGUUUUCGUGGCCUCCGUAGUUUGGCUGCUGUUUGACAUGGCAGCGCUGAAGCUGUCGAUCAGCGAGGUGAACACUGAACUUCUCAAGGAGCUGGUCGUCAAAGAAAGAGAGCUGAACAAAAGGCAGGCUACUAAAGGGGCCAAAGUAGCGGACAGGGACUUCAAACAUCCCCUCCAAAAGGUACAGGCGGAUCUGGGGGAGGGUAAGAAGUCAGACAGCUUCGAGACCAAAGUUAUUGAGGUGUACAGAAAGCCUGGGAGGUUCAGAGGCAAUGUGGAGCCUAAAAAGGACAACGCGACGCUAACUGGGCCGAAAGGAGGAGAGAGAACGGGGGUUAAUGAGAAGAAGAGAGAAGAAAAUAGUUUGAAAAAGCACAAUAGUGGCAAAGACACAGCUGUGAGAAACCCCAUACCGCCACAACAACAAGCUAGAACUGGAACUAAGGAGAAAGAGGGAAGAAUAGCACCGUCCCACACCAAAGCGCCACCUGCUGUCCGGGAAGAAAAGCGACCCCAAGAAGUUCUGGAAGAGAAAACUGUCAAAUUGCAGGGCAGUGAGACCAAAGACACUGAAGUGGGGCUAGCACAGGACACUAAAGUGGGACUAGCACCGGACACUAAAGUGGGACUAGCACCGGACGCUAAAGUGGGACUAGCACAGGACACUAAAGUGGGACUAGCACAGGACACUAAAGUGGGACUAGCACAGGACACUAAAGUGGGGCUGGCGCAGGACACUAAAGUGGGACUAGCACAGGACACUAAAGUGGGGCUGGCGCAGGACACUAAAGUGGGACUAGCACAGGACACUAAAGUGGGACUAGCACAGGACACUAAAGUGGGGCUGGCGCAGGACACUAAAGUGGGACUAGCACAGGACACUAAAGUGGGACUAGCGCAGGACACUAAAGUGGGACUAGCACAGGACACUAAAGUGGGACUAGCGCAGGACACUAAAGUGGGGCUGGCGCAGGACACUAAAGUGGGACUAGCACAGGACACUAAAGUGGGACUAGCGCAGGACACUAAAGUGGGACUAGCGCAGGACACUAAAGUGGGGCUGGCGCAGGACACUAAAGUGGGGCUAGCGCAGGACACUAAAGUGGGGCUAGCACAGGACACUAAAGUGCAGGACAUUAAAAUACCAGUGGACUCUGGUUUGCUGAAGAAAACCAACAACAACAGCACUCUGAAAACAGCAAAACAAGGUGCCCGCCCAACAGCCAGUGCGAAAAAGGGCAUCACUGUCAUUCCUAUACAGAGACUUCAUGAGGGAAAAGGUGUUAUAGUUUUUAAAAAUGAUAAGCACAUCAAAAAGAAUGACCUAGCUCAAGUCUUGUUAGAAGACAAGCAUAAAUCAUCUCAGCAAGAUGGUGCUUUGAAUCCGGGAAAACUCCCGGCUGGAGAACCGGUGAAACUGUUGAACGCCUCAGUUGUGAGGAGGUCAGCUGGGCUCCACAAGGUCAUGGCCCUGGACGUCACCGUCAGGCCAAGAGACGUGCGUGCAAUAGGGCAGUUUGGACAUGCCGCAGUGGUGCCCCUGGACAGGCAGGAGGAGAGCAGGCGCAGGUGGAGUGAAGGCUACUUUAACGUGUUCCUCAGCGAACAGAUUCCAGUGGACAGAGCCAUUCCGGACACAAGACCUCCAGCAUGCUCAGAGAACCUGGUACAUGAUCACCUGCCCACAACCAGCGUGAUCUUCUGUUUUGUGGAUGAGGUUUGGUCAACUCUGCUUCGGUCCGUCCACAGCGUUCUCAACAGGUCGCCUCCUCACCUACUCAAAGAGGUCCUGCUGGUGGACGACUCCAGCACCAAAGACUAUCUGAAGGAAAAGCUGGAUGUUUACAUGUCUCAGUUCCCCAAAGUGCGCAUUAUCCGCUUGAAAGAGAGACAGGGGCUGAUCAGAGCGAGGCUGGCUGGAGCUGCUGAAGCAAAAGGCGAUGUGCUGACUUUCCUGGACUCCCAUGUCGAGUGUAAUGUGGGCUGGCUGGAGCCGUUGUUGGAGAGGCUCUAUAAUGACCGCAGGAAAGUAGUCUGCCCUGUCAUUGACGUCAUCAGCGACAAGGACAUGAGUUACGUGCUGGUGGACAGUUUCCAAAGAGGCAUUUUCAAAUGGCCGUUAGUGUUCGGCUGGAGCACGCUACCAGAGGACUACGUCAAAAAGAAACACAUGAAGGACUCGGACCCCAUCAGAUGUCCUGUGAUGGCAGGAGGUCUAUUCUCUAUAGAUAAGAAGUAUUUUUAUGAACUGGGAGCUUAUGACCCAGGCCUGGAUGUGUGGGGAGGGGAGAAUAUGGAGAUCUCAUUCAAGAUCUGGAUGUGUGGUGGUGAGAUUGAGAUAAUCCCGUGCUCUCGUGUGGGCCAUAUCUUCCGUGGCGAGAACCCAUAUCAAUUUCCCAAAGACCGGCAGAAGACAGUGGAGCGGAACCUGGCGCGAGUGGCGGAGGUGUGGCUGGACGAAUAUAAAGAGGUGUUCUAUGGCUAUGGCUACCUACAUCUGCUGGACAAGAAUGUGAUAGACGUUGGAAACCUCACAGCACAGAUCCAGUUGCGAGAGAAACUCAAGUGCAAGAGCUUUAAAUGGUACUUGGACAACGUCUACCCUGAGCUGGAGGCACCGGAAGUCAAAGCUGAAGGCCUGGUUUUCAAUGUGGGCACCCGCAAAUGUCUGGCACUGAACAACGGCUCUUUAUCUUUUGAGAUCUGUGAUCUUAGCAAGCAGAGCCAGCACUUCAACUACAGCUGGGUAAGAACAGUCCGCCAGAACGCAUUCUGUGUGGCUCCACUGGGGACAGGAACAGGCAUGACCAUGGAACAAUGUGACAACACUAAGCCACACCUUCGCUGGCUGCAUAAAGCCAAUAAAGUCCUGCCAGAGCAUCUGAUUGCAGAGGUUUCCCCCAGAGGUAUGUUCCAGAGGGUGUGUCUGGAGGGAGGGCCUAAAGCCGACAGCGUGUAUCUGAAGGCAUGUGAUACGUCCAGCCCCUUCCAGAAAUGGCAGUUCACACAUUACUAUGCACAGUGAGCCUCACACAGACGCAUUCACCUGCCUCCAUGUGACUCAGUGGACCACGUUUUUUAUCUCGCUUUGUCAGGAUGAAAACAUUUUGACAUGUUACAUGGGUUUUUUCAUGAUGGAGAGAUGCAUGCGUAGAGUUUGUGUAGUUUCGGUACAAGGGAUGUUUUAAGGGUUUGUGCAAUGUUUUUGUUUGGGGUAGAUGUUUUGAUAUUUUUCUUUUUUUAAGUGGUCUGGAAUAAUUUUGUGGGCAGCUAAUCCACAAAGUCAUGGUUUUGUUUUGUUUUCUUUAUUUUUUUAGACACUAGACAUCUUUGAAUUUUAUACAUCUAUAGCUGUGUUUGUUGUGGCAAACAAAUAUUUGAAGUGCCUGAAGUAGGAGGUACGGUGUACUGUUUGUAGUACGCCAAAGAACAAAUCAUAGACAAAUGUGAUAAUUCAUCAAUAAUGGGGAACAAUAAAGAUUACUGGAUCCACUUCAACUCCAUUCAGCCAGCUUCAGAUGGAAAAAGACCAAUUUAGUAAAUAAGUUGGAUCAUGUUUGCUCUAUUCAAACAAUUCCUUUCACUUUGCCUGCUGUUAUUUUUGUUCUAUUGUGGCUCCAAACUUGCUAGCAGCCGUGGGUAGAGUAGCCUGAAAUCCUCAACUAUAUUAUAUGUUGUUACUUCAAUAAAUGACCCAAGUACAAGUAAAACUGGUUACCAACAGUUCAGGAACUUCAGUGAAAAGGUAUCAGAUCAGAAACUGGAUUCUGUAUAAUUGCAGUAGCGCUUCUUUGUACAUCCGGCAUCUUUCAGCGCACAAACUGAAGUUUGUUGGGUGUUAUUAUUCUCCUGUUUGGUCCUAUUAGUCUUAUUAGAAAGCUAGAGCAGUUUUAAUGUAGUCCAGAAGCCGACCCAACAGAACAGAAUGAAAUUAGCCUCCAAAAAAAAAGAAUUGACUGAAUUGGCGAAAUUUCUAAAAUGGAAAAGUUCAUUAAAAUAAAUCAGUGUUAUAAAGAUGCACAUAAAACUCAAGCAAGUUACUACUCACCUCUGUUCCCUGGAGUCAGACAGCCAAGGGCUAUGGAAUGUUAAUGACGUGGAAGGAGAUUUGGGAGCUGGAUUUCGGUAAAAAUGUCGGUUGGCUAGAGGCCUGGAGGACUGGAUUGAAAACCUCUAAUCUGUAUAAACAAUUCCAAGACCAGAUGACAAUACCUAACUUCAGAGACUGCAUAAAUCUUAUUUGUAAGAAGUAGAAUUCCAGGAAUACCCAUGUGUUCUGAAUACCUCAGUACAGGUUUCUGUAUCCUGCACACUGUUUAUGAUUCUCUUUUAUGCAUGUGUUUUUACUUCAUGCAACAUGCACUAAAACGUACAUACAGGUGCAUCUCACAUAGUGGUUUCUUUUGGUACAAGCAUUGUAUGUUUUGAUAAUUCAGUUGUUUACAGUGAUGCAUUGCCCCAAAUUUGAGAGAUAAUUUACCCUUGUGGCACUAGAGGGAGCUGUUUACAAUGUUUUUAAGAAGGUUUUUCUGUUGUUUUUGUU